UUUCCCCUCGCCGCGACUCGCCCAUGACCCGCCAUGCACUUUCGUUGCACUUCCGUCUGCGAGAGCGGCACCCGGCCUUGGUCUUCCGUCACUCCUGCCCGUCUCGUCUUGUCUGCAACCACUGUCCCUCGCCUCGCCUUUGUCCAUGCUUCUGUUCCUGCUCUGAUUCUCCAGUCGGCUCAUCGCCAGCCCUCUGCGCUCCUCUGCUCCGCUGUCUUGCCUGUCGUCUCAACCUCGUCAGCCUUGGUCUCCGCACUGAGUAUUGCCAAGAAUGACAGGCCUCCGCAUAUCCACCAUUGCCAUAACUUCCAAUUCCUCUAGCCAUGACCUCAACUACGACUAUGCCCCCAACGCCUUCAGCUUCCAACAAGGCGGCAAUGUUCGUACUCUGAAUAGUGGCUACUCGCCGCCCCCGAGCACAGGCUUGCUCUACGUUCCAGACCUCGAUGGUGUCUGCGCCCAAUACCUGCCUGACAAUGUCACAAGAUAUUCAGAUCUUCCCAUGGUCCCCCCGAAGAUUGCCAUUGCCCCCUGGAUCUCUCCCGCCUGUACACUCAGCUACUUGAAUGCUGCUCCUUCGGAUUUGAUCACUGCCUUCGUCUUCUACAUUCCAAAUGCCAGCGCCAUGGCAUUGCCAUCAGCCCAUGACGCUGCCUGGAGCCUGGGGGACGGAGGUCAUUGGAAGUCGGUUAUCAACUAUCCCGUUUAUGCCAUUGCCUCGCAGGUUGGCCAAAUGACUCUUGAGCAAAUGGCUCGCAAUUCUUCCAACGACACCAAUGCGCCCAUUGAUCAGGCCCCGAGCAAUCAAACUUACAUUCGCCUCUUGAUGGAGGUCACCACUGGUAGUGGCGGCACCAACCUACCCUCCAUCUGGGUGUUUCUUCUUAUCAUUCUCGCCGUCCUGCUGGUGCUCAUCGGGGCACUAUCGCUCACCAUGCACAUCCUACAAAGGAAGAGACGCAACGACCUGCGUGCUAGGAUAGCACGGGGCGAAGUCGACAUCGAGGCCCUGGGUCUGGGAAAGCUCACUGUGCCGCAGGAAAUGAUUGAUCGGAUGCCAUUGUACGCUUACAGUUCUUCUCCGGAUCCUGUUGUACCCGAGAAAGGAGCACCUCAUGCUCCACCUCCGCUUCAACAGCCCACCUGCGCUAUCUGUCUGGAUGACUUUGCCGAGUCAGCGUCUCAAGUACGUGAGCUGCCGUGCAGACACAUCUUCCACCCGGAGUGCAUUGAUCUGUUUAUGCUCGACUCGUCCUCUAUAUGCCCUUUGUGUAAGCAGUCAGUCUUGCCCAAAGGCUACGUUCCUGGCAAGAUCACGAACGCGAUGACUAGACGGGAAAGAUAUCUUCGACGAUCUGCAGCCCUUCGUGCUCGUCAUGCUGCUGGGCCUCCAACUCCUAGUGCAAGCAACAUCAUGCUGUUUGGUCGGCAUGCUCGAGCACCUCCCACCAACUCAACGACAACAACGAUCCCAUCUCAAGCUGCUGCAGUAGAGAUGGGGUCCAUGUCCGGCAACAAUCAACCAACUGCGGGUCAGUCCAUUCCAACGAUGAGUCACGGGCGAAGGGAAUGGGCCCAGAGAAGAGCAUUAGCCAUGUCAGGAGUCCAAAGCUCCGCAAGUGAAGAGCCCGAGCAUAGAACUUCAAAGGCACGUAAGAUGCUGAGGAGGGUGUUCCCCAAUUUAUGAUGACUGAUUUUACGAUGCCGAUGUUCCAACCCGCUACACAGAAAUUGAUACCCCUUCCACGUUACUGUACUUACUUAGACGCAAUUCUUGUCCAUAUUGUUAUCUGUUAGACAUAAUCUACCUGUUCACAAAGAAGCAAGUCCUUCGAAGACCGCCUCUCGAGAACUGCU